CCAGCCUCCACUGGAUCCAGGCCACCAUUGAGAACAUGACAGCUAGCCUGGAGUCAUACCAGUACCUGAAUGACCAGGGUCUGUACACCUCCCUGCACCUGCGUCAGCUAGUCAAGGAACUGAGGGAGCUGGAGGCUCCAUACACCAAGACAAGCCAAGUGAUCAGACUCAAAAACUGACCAACGAGGCAAGCAAGGUGUUUGCUCUCAACGCAUCAUGUCCAACAUCAGCACCCCUGUGGUCACAAAUAUCUGCCUGUACGGCAAAAGCUAUACGUCUGUUUCCUGGGGUCGCCAGGCCAAGCAGGGCAUGGAGGACCAGGAGGGCAGUGGGGACUUCUACUGUGUUCAGCCCCUUGUGAACGGCCACAGACUGGGGAACAUCAUUCACCGCUACAGCCCCUACGACGACUUCAUGACCUCCAAGAACCACGAGGAUGUGACCAAGGCACCGUCCCACAACCAUGCUAAUGCCAUCCAGGGCUCUUGCACCGUGGUAUAUGGUGAGGCAGUGUUCUAUAACUGCUGCAACUCCGCUGAGCUGGGCCACUAUGACCUACAGAUCAAGGUCACAAGUCGUCUGAAGAUACCUGAAUUUGGCUACAACAACCAGUUCCCCUACUGCUACUACAACUGCAAAGACUGGACCGACAUUGACUUUGCUGCUGAUGAGACUGGCCUGCGGGUUAUCUACAGCAUGCGGGGUAACCCAUGCGGGGUAACCAUGGAAACCUGGUGCAGAGCCAGCUAGACAGUUCCUAAUGUUCUGUACACUCAGUGUAGAAACAGUGUGUACUGUGUGAGAAAUUCCUAAUUUUGCUGUUUUUCUGCUUAUCUUUAUAAUGUUGACUUCUUCCUAAAUAAAUUAAAUCACAGCAAUGUUGAAUAAGGGUUGGCUAGAGGGUUUUUAUGUUAAUAAGGGUUGGAAUGAGAUUUUAUAUAAACAUGAUAAAAACAUGAUAAACACACUGAGCUGAGCUCUAAAUUAUUUAAUUCAGUCAGGCAUUCACUUUUAUUUCCUCAAAGCUACUGAGGUAGACAUACAGUGCAGCACAAUAGUCUGAAUGAAAUACGGAUAAACUACGCACACACACAUACACACACAUACACACACACAUACACACACAUAUACACACACACAUACACACACAU